AAAGCAAAGUCUCCUGCUUCCUUCCGUCUUGCUCCUCGACCCUUCUUCCUUCCCCACCACCGCGUUCCAAUCAAUCCCAAUCGCGACCCAGCCAGAGGCGAGCGCGAGAAAAUCCCCAUUCCCCAAUCCCCACGCCACAGCCUCCCUUCCCUCCCCGUCUCCUCCAAAUUCAAUCGUCUCCAAGCGCCAAUCCGCCCCGUCUCCAAAUCCCAGGCAGGCAGGCAGCCAACCAGCCAUGGAGUGCGAGCCGGAGGAGCUGCAGUUCCUGGGCGUCGUCGGCAUCUACCGCUUCUCCGCGGAGAUCCUCCGAGGCCCGCACCGCCCGCUCUUCGCGCGCAUCGCGGCCGCCUUCGCGCUGCCCCUCUCCGCGCUGUUCCUCCUGCACGUCGCCAUCUCGCACGCGCUCUUCACCCACAUCGACUCCGACGACACGGCCCUGGACGCAUCCUCCCCGGGCACCGACACGCAGCGCCGCCUGCUGUCCCGCCUCGCCUCCGACUGGCUCGCCCUGCUCCUCUUCAAGUCCGCCUACCUCCUCGCGCUCCUCCUGCUCUCGCUCCUCUCCGUCGCCGCCUCCGUGUUCUCCGUCGCCUCCGUCUACUCCGCCAAGCGCGACGCGCUCACCUUCCCGCGCGUGCUCUCCGUCGUGCCCCGCGUCUGGCGGAGGCUCGCCGCCACGUUCCUCGCCGCCUUCGCGCUCCUCUUCGCCUACCACGCCGUCGCCGUGCUCGUCUUCGUCGGCCUCCUCGUCGCCGCGGACAACGGCUCCGGCCUCGCGGGCCUGCUCGCCUUCCUCGUCGCCGUCGCCUACCUGCUCGGCCUCGUCUACCUCGGCGUCGUCUGGCACCUCGCCAGCGUCGUCUCCGUGCUCGAGGACCACAAGGGCUUCGCCGCCAUGCGCAAGAGCAAGGACCUCAUCAGGGGGAAGCUCGUCACCGCGGGUGCUAUCUUCUUCACGCUCAACGUCGUCUUCGCCGCCGUCGAGCUCGGCUUCCGCGCCUGGGUCGUCAGGGGAUCCGGCGCCGCGUCGUCAAGGCUCUUGCUCGGCCUCAUCAUGCUCGCCGCGCUCUGCUGCGUCGUCAUGCUCGCGCUCGUCACGCAGACCGUCGUCUACCUCGUGUGCAAGAGCUACCACCACGAGAGCCUCGACAAGGCCAACAUCUCCGACCACCUCGAGGUCUACCUCGGCGACUACGUCCCGCUAAAGGCGUCCGACGUGCAGAUGGAGCAGUUCCAGGUCUGACUGUGAAUCCCAUAGCUUCUCUGUCUUUAUCACUGCUCGCCAAUCCAUCCUCUGAUGCCGGAAUUCUCCUGUUACCACCGGCAGCCAGGUAAUCUGUAAUUGUGUACGUACAGCAGGCAGCAGGUGAUGAACAUACUUGCGUUAAGUAGGAAGAAUUGGGAAUUUUUGUCUUGGGGGUACAAGAAUAAUGGGGAUCUGUACUUCCCUUAGUCUCUUCCUCAAGGACAUGGUUCCUUCCCUUGUUUACAUGAUUUAUAAACAGGAGAUGAAUGGAAUUGGGCAUGCCGAAUUUACAAA